GCGGGGACGCGCUCCUGGAGGAUCUGCCGCCCGCCCCCUCUGCAAGCGGGCUCUAUGCGGGACGGGACCGGCCAUGGAGAAGUUGUACUUGGCGGGGAGCAGCGUCUGGACGGGCAACGGCUCUCUGGGGAACGGCAGCCUCCGCCUGGAGAACCAGACCUCCGGGAGGAACGGCACCGCCGACCCCCUGAAGAGGAACGAGGACAUGGCCAAGGUGGAGGUGACGGUCCUCUGCCUCAUCCUCUUCCUCGCCCUGACCGGCAACCUGUGCGUGCUGCUGGCCAUCCACACCACCCGGCAGAAGCACUCCCGCAUGUAUUUCUUCAUGAAGCACUUGAGCAUCGCUGACCUGGUCGUGGCCAUCUUCCAGGUGCUGCCCCAGCUCAUCUGGGACAUCACCUUCAGGUUUUACGGGCCAGAUUUCCUUUGCCGGUUGAUCAAGUACCUGCAGGUCGUGGGGAUGUUUGCUUCCACCUACAUGCUCUUGCUGAUGUCCCUGGACCGGUGCUUGGCCAUCUGUCAGCCGCUGAGGUCUCUGCACAGGAGAGCGGACCGGGUCUCUGUCCUCCUCACCUGGCUGCUCUGCCUGCUGGUCAGCAUCCCUCAGAUCCACAUAUUUUCUCUGCGGGAUGUGGGGAAUGGAGUUUACGACUGUUGGGCAGAUUUCAUCCAGCCCUGGGGACCUAAAGCCUAUGUCACCUGGAUAACCCUUAUGGUCUACAUCAUCCCCGUGUUGAUGCUGAGCAUCUGCUAUGGCUUAAUCAGCUUCAAAAUCUGGCAGAAUGUGAAGCUUAAGACAGCUCACGGGGCCAACGCGGGUCUGAGCUCCAGCUCCUGCAGCGGGACGGCGUUUGCCAGGGUCAGCAGCACCAGGCUCAUCUCCAAAGCCAAGAUCCGGACAGUCAAAAUGACCUUCAUCAUAGUGUUAGCUUUCAUAGUGUGCUGGACUCCCUUUUUCUUUGUGCAGAUGUGGUCUGUGUGGGACACGAAUGCUCCGCAGGAAGCCUCCCCCUUCAUCAUCGCCAUGCUCCUGGCCAGCCUCAACAGCUGCUGCAACCCCUGGAUCUACAUGCUCUACACCGGGCACCUCUUCCACGACCUGAUGCGGCGCUUCCUCUGCUGCUCCACGCGGUACCUGAAGUCGCGGCCGGCGUGCGACCUGAGCGUCAGCAAGAAGAGCAACUCCUCCUCCUUCGUCCUCAGCUGCAAGAGCACGAGCCAAAGGAGCUUCACGCGUCCCUCCAUGACGUGAGGGCAUGGCCGGCCGGGACCUCACUCUGCCGCCCCGCUGCCCCCCGCGCUUCCCAGUGAGAAGCUGGGGUUCGGACAAGGAAAGGGGGGUUCUCUAUAAAUAGGUGUAUAUAUGUCUGUGCCUGCCAGCAUGUGCAGCAGUCAUUAUUUAACUGAGGUGGGAGAGGGGGAGGACUUCCGUGGUCCACGUUUCAGCGCUGCCUGGGACGGGGUGCCAGGAACCUGCUUCUGAGCCCCCAAACCGCUGCCAUUGGUGGCUUUUAGGUGCCACCAGGAGGGAGGGGUCUUGCCCCCAGUGACCCUGUGCUGCUGGGCGGAUGGGUUACGUCCCCGUUGGAUGCGAGGGGCUGCAGCACAGGCUGAGAGGUGCCGGUUUGAAGCGCUGUGGGGCAGAGGCAGCCCCAUCCCUGCGCCCCCGCUCCGUGCCAGCCCUGCUGCCCCCCAGCCUGGUGGCACUGCCGGCACAGAGCAGGGCAGGCCUGCCCCCAGAGGGGACAGAGCUGGGGAUGGACCUUCUGGGGGACAACAGUGGCACCUGGGUGUCCCUGCCCCUCUCCAGCUGUGCGGAGGGGUCGGCAGGGGCGGGGGGAGCGGGCACCACCGCAGGGUCAGGGUGUCUGUGCAAUGACACCGUCACUGAGUGUGCUCAAAGCUUCCCUGCAGGCGGGUGUUUGGGGUGCUGGCUGGGCUCCGUGGGGUUCAAUGGAAGCCCCCUGCUGAGCCCCCCCAGGGCCAGGCUUUUGCUUUGGGUUUACCCGCAGAUCACAUUUAGUCUUUUACACCAAUGCAGUUUUCUUGCUCUGUAACGCACAAGGUCAUGCUUAUGGCAUGGGAUUUUUAUUGGUAAGAAAUACCUGUAAAUAAAGUUUUCAGGCUGUGUUGACGGGAGGGGCAGCAGGGGCACUGGGCUAAGGAAAAGGAGGAAACUGAGGGGAAACAAGGCUUUAAACACAAA